CCCUUUAAUAAAUUCAUUUUCAUUUACAUUAUAGUAGCUGCUUCUACAAUCUCAAGAUGGCCGCCGCAGUAGCUAAGGAAACGGAAUGCAGCGCUCUCUAGCUUGCCUUGAGCCUCAUCGUUUCCUCAGCCGGCGUGAACCUUCUACAGCGGCUAAGCUACAUAGAUGGUGCUCGCACUUGGCAGCUAGCAGUGGGCGAUCGAGUGUCUAAAGCGAGAUAAAACACACGUUUAUAGUCUGAAGAGCCAUCGGGCAUCAACAUGGUUCUGUACAAUUAUGUCACUCAGGAGCAACUUGCGGGUUUCGAUAAAUACAAGUACAGCGCCGUGGACACAAACCCUCUGUCUGUUUAUGUCAUGCACCCGUUCUGGAACUGUGUAGUGAAGUUUUUACCCACAUGGCUGGCUCCAAACCUCAUCACGUUCACCGGGUUCAUGCUCCUCGUCCUGAACUUCGUCAUGUUGUCCUACUUUGACUUUGAUUUCACAGCGUCUUCUGCCGGACAUGUGCACGUUCCCAGCUGGGUCUGGGUGGCUGCAGGCAUUUUUAACUUCUUGGCCUACACUCUGGACGGUGUGGAUGGAAAACAAGCUCGACGAACCAACUCCUCCACGCCACUGGGGGAGCUGUUCGACCACGGCCUGGACAGCUGGACCUGCGUGUUCUUCGUAGCGACGGUCUACUCCAUAUUUGGGCGUGGCGAGAGCGGAGUGGGCGUGGUCACUCUGUACUACAUCCUCUGGGUGGUGCUGUUCUCCUUCAUUCUGUCCCAUUGGGAGAAGUACAACACCGGGAUCCUGUUUCUGCCCUGGGGCUACGACAUGAGCCUAGUGACGAUCUCGCUGGUGUACCUGGUGACUGCGGUGGUCGGCGUGGAAACGUGGUACCAGCCCAUGCUGUUUCACUUCCUGUACAGAGACCUGUUCACCUUCAUGAUCAUCGCUUGCUCUUUCACUGUGACAUUGCCCAUGAGCCUCUAUAAUAUCCUCAAAGCUUACAGAAACAACACGCUUAAACACAGCAGUCUGUAUGAGGCCCUGCUGCCCUUCCUCUCCCCUGUCCUCCUCUUCUUCCUCUCCACCAUCUGGGUGCUGUUCUCUCCAUCCGACAUCCUGAACCUCCAGCCCAGGAUCUUCUACCUCAUGGUGGGCACAGCCUUCGCCAACCUCACAUGUAAGCUGAUUGUGUGUCAGAUGAGUAACACGCGGUGCCAGCCUCUGAACUGGCUGCUGUUGCCCAUGGUGACCGUGGUGGUGGUGGCUGUGACCGGAGUCUUCCCCAACGAGACCCUGCUCCUGUUUCUAUGGACCACCGCCGUCAUCCUGGCGCACAUACACUACGGAGUCUCUGUGGUUCAGCAGUUGAGCGGUCAUUUCAACAUCUUUGCUUUCUCGCUCAAAAAGCCGAGCAGUGACUGACAGGAGGAGGAGCGAAUCGGCUUGAAAGGAGCAGAGGUCUAAGCCCCUCCCUCCUGGGUUUACCGACACUUCACUCUCAUCACCACGGAAACCGCAUCCCCUCCCUCCAUCCAUGAGGAAACUACGAGUGGACUGGACCAUGGCCCUUAUCCACUGUCCCCACGCACACACACACACACACACGCAAACACACACACAUAUAUGACAUCACAUAUACACACUUUAUAUAAAGUACAUGGACCUGGCGGUGGGCGGGACUAGGGGCUCCGGCUUCCGUCUCUGGUGAUUGGCAGCUCGGUUCAGCCAAAGAGGUGCAUUCUGUUUCCUAAGGAAAUGUGCUUCAGUCGAGAGGACAAGGAGCCCGGACAAGCCAUGACACGCACGCACACACACACACACGCACACACACGCACACACACACACACACACGCACACAAACGCUACAUACGCACACACACACUACUCAAACAGAGCUGUGGGAACGCUAUUGCAGCUGAGAACUGGGGUUUUUGAGUCAUUUCUACUGCAGCUCCGUUAAAUAGAAGUUCAUUGUGUUCAAAUGACCUCAGUACAAGUUAGGGUGACCACCUCAGAGCGUAGAACAGAGGGACAGACUUGGGAAAUUUAAGAUCAUCAUAGAGUUUGUUUUAAUCAUAACACACAGAGAGAUUGAAAGACCUGUAGCCAACCUAACCGAGAGAGCCACAGUGGGGCCUGACCAAACCUAUAAAGAUCUGGAGAUAAGUAACUUAGCGUGACCACUGUUCUUGACAAGAUGGAGCAAAUGCACAAAUGUUCCUACAAUAAAUGAAGUGUACCUUAACCCUAGUAGAUGUUGUAACUAUAGACUGUAUAUAUAAAUGGACCUAGCUAACUCACUAGCUCCCAUGUUUCAAGUAAGAAGUGAACAUGGGGGCGCUUCCGGCUCCAUCGGCUCCAAUUGACUUUACAUUGAAAAACUCUCACCUUUCUUUGUAACUGCUGCUGUGAGCCUUGUCAUUUUGGUCUUAAAAUAAUCAUAUUAACCCGCUCUACAUGAUCCUGAUGUUUUCAUUUUUCACAGUUUUGUCUGUAAAUAAAUUCCUAUUCCUAAUAUAAACCGUUCUACAAAUUUGCUCCUAUAACUGCAGGCCUGGUGAGUUUCAUUUGACUGGAACCGAAUGAUAUAGUUGAUGUCACACUCCAUUUGUCCAUUUCUUUAUACAGUCAUUGGUUGCAUUUUACAUAUUAAAUACUCCCAAAAAGUUUUGCAUACUUUGGGAGGACAAAAAUAUGAUCAUAUAUUUAAAUCUCACUUUUUAGAUUUCAUGUAGCAUCUGUGAAUAAGUGAGACAAGAGGGUUAGGUGGUCACCCAUGUACAAAAAGGCUAUAGACUUCCAUGUUUUCUUGAGUAAAAAAUAAUCUAAAUAACACCUUAACUUUACAUGUGUUAAAACUUAAAAUAAAACUACCACAGAUGCACUGCCUUGAGUAGAACAUGUUUAAGAGCUGAAAUAAUCUGUCUGGAUAACGACUUCCAAUGUGCAGGUUUAGUUUCAUAAUAAUCUACCUCAGUUGCCGUGAACGAGCCCUGAAAACCCUGCAGAAGUUAAAGCUACAUCUUUUAAACCACAGUGCCCUGAGUCUUACAUUGUACUGUAGUCCAGAAUGGCUGCUGCUGCCUUUUUGUAAAUAUAUACUAACAGAUAAAGAAUAUUAGAUGAGUGAAGUUACAGUAUAUUAGGUAACACAUAUUAAUAAUUAUACUGACAUGAUCCUUAAUAAAGCAUGAACAAAGACUUAAUUCAUAAUAAACAAAUAUCGGUUUAUGAAGAUCACUUACCUUAUGCAUUCAGAGAGUCUUAAAGGGAUAGUUCAGAAUUUUGGACAUAGGCCUCAUUUCCUAGUGAGCCAGAGUACUGUAGACGUGUGGAGAUACUUUUUGAAAUAUUCCAUCCAGUCCUUUUCUUUGCAA